AUGGAAACCAAAUAUAUUUCACAGUCUUAACUUAGCUUUGGACUUACAAGUUCACUUAUAGUGGAGAGAGCUCUAGCCAAGAUUGGUGACAUCAACACCAUCCUAUCUAAGAGCAGGCUAAGACUUAAGUUUGAUGCUAUAUUCAAGAGUGCUCUAAGUGGUGAUAACUUUGAUUUCAAUUAGUUGCAGUCGCUAUUGAUUGAAGUGCACACAUUUAGUCUUGAUUAAUAUGAUUUCAUCAGAGCUGUCACUUAAAAUUUCAUGGAUGACUUUUAAUAAAACUGGAAAUCAAACUACACUUAACUGAUUAUAAACACUCUUCAAGGUAUGGAUCAGUAAGCAGAAGAAGCUACAGUUCAAGAUGAGAUGUAAGAGAUAACUUAGGCUUGUAUGACCAACUUGUUCAACAUAUUUACUAAUGCCAAAAAAAUCCUCACUAUGAUUCAGACUGGAUUCCCUCAGUUAGGCAACAUCAUUUUAAGACUAUAUGACAUACUUAAGAAUGGAAUAGCCAGAAUGACUAAAGUUAACUUGAAAAAGGUUUGCAGUUUGUUCUUUAUUUACGGCUUUAUGGAAUUUGAAAAUAUUUCCGCCUAAAUCAUCAGCUAAUACUUCUAAAGCGAUAUGGACUCCCAGCAGAUAGAAGAGAUCCCUCUCAUAAACAUUGAAGGAGAUGUAAGCCAGAUUAUAUUUGGAUAGUUCAACGGCAACUUUCCCAGCCAAUAUAACGGUCAGAUGCAAAAGCUUCAAACACUUUCCAACAUCAUUAUUAAUUUAGGAUUAUCUGAGUAUCUAGAGGUAGCAUUUGAAAAGAUUCUACUCAAUUAAGUUGAUAAAUACCUAGACUAGAUUAGAGGUGAGUUCAUACAGCCCUGCUUGAAGAUAGUCUAAGACUACCUUCAGAACAUCAUCUCAAGAUGGGUCAAGGAUGUAGUUAAUCUCGAUCAAACUAAUGACAGUCCAGAUAUCAAACUUGCUAAGUAAAAGAUCCUUUCUAAAUGGGAGAGAGACUUGGAGCACACCCUUCUUACCAAAUUUGUUUCCCUUAGAACUAAGGAUAUUUUUGAAAUCUUCCAGGAGUUCCCAGACUCAAUGCCUUCUAUCAACGACUUUAAAUACGCUUUGGAGAAAACUCAACUGCACAAGCAGUUUGUCAAUCAGGUGAAGGAGCAGUUCUCUCAGAGAUUGCUACUUCCUGGAGUGAUCACAUUUAUCAUUAUUGAGCACUACAUCCAGGCUAUCAGAGUUCUCAAGCUAAUUGAUCCUUCAACUAUCCUUCUUGAAAUGAUAUCUGAGCCUAUUAAGGAUCAUCUGAGACAAAGAUAGGACACCCUUAGGUGUAUAGUCCAAAGUAUUUUAGCUGAUGAGUCUGAAUUGUAUAACUAACUUGGAUAAGCUUAUGUGAGGAUACCUCUCAGAGGCUCAAAGAAUAAUAAGCUGGUAGACUACAAACAAAAUGCAGCUGAGUACAAUGGAGGACCAAGUGGAAGAGAUGAUGACAACGAUGAUUACAUUAGUUCUGAUGAAGAUGAACAAGCUGCUGAGAACUGGGAGCCAUUGCCUUUGCAAAAUGACAUGAGAGAUUUCUUCAUUUCAGCCAAAAGAAAGAAGACUGAUAUCAUCUCAACUCUUGUGAAUAUCUAUGGCUCAUAAGAUGCAUUCCUGAAAGUCUACAAGUCGAUGUUGGAGGAGCGUUUGCUUUCAGGCAACGAAAUCAAGCAAGAGAAUGAAAUCAGAAACCUGGAGUUGAUGAAGUUGAGGUUUGGAGAUUAGAACUUACACUCAAGCGAUGUUAUGCUGAGAGAUAUAAAAGAGUCUGAGAGAAUCAGGAUUGCCACUAGACAGAUUAUAGAGAAGAAACAAAAUGAGACUGGAAGGCACGUGAUCUAUGGCUCUUCUGAAUUGCCUAUCCAAAAUUUAAAUGCCUGUAUCAUAUCCAAGGGCUACUGGGAUUCCAUACAGGAAGAUGAUACUGGCAAUUAGUUUAAGCCACCUAAGUUCCUCCAAAAGGCUUAUGAUGAUUUUGAAGCCAUUUACUAGUCAUUGAAGAGAAUCAGAAAAGUAAACUUCAAACCUCAACUGGGGUCAGUUAACCUCACUCUUCACUUCAACAAUGGCAGUUUUAAGUUCAGAGUCACGCCCAUUCAGGCUUCCAUUAUUUCUCUUUUCAAUGAUAAGAACCCAAAGACUCUAUCAGCAGACUUCAUUGCAGACCAACUUGAUAUCAAAGUCGAUGAGGUGAGAAGAAAAGUAUCAUUCUGGGUGUGCAAGGGAGUGCUGAAGGAGAUCAAGAAAUUCAAGCAGAUAGGCACUAGUCACUAUAGGUCCACAGCUCUCCUCAGCAACUCAGACGUUGAGAUAUACUAUCAAUCAGUCGAUAUCCUUGAAUUGAAAGGAGACUAGAGAAACUCAGAGAAGUUGAUUGAGGCUAAUGAACUCGUAGACUUUACAUAGCAAGAUUAGAUCAUUAGGAUUCAGCAAGUGCAGAGUCAGGAUGAUGAUAAGUUGGUGAGAGGAUUCGUGAUGAACAUUAUCAGCAACUCAAACACUCCCUGCAACUUCGACAGAAUAUUCACGAUGCUAAAGAAUGUCUACAUGAAUGGCCAGAACAUUCAAAAGCCUGGGCUGGAGGAGUUGCUCUUCAAGAUGACUAAUGAGCAGAAGAUUUCAUUUAAUGGCUAGGUCUAUACUGCUUAUAGUAAAUGA